GCUUCAGUAAAUACUGUUGUAACCGACCCAAAACAACAGUCUUCAGUCUGCCGUUGGCCGUAGUUUUCGCUAGUAAUUUUCUAUCAAAACAUACAUCAUGGCUGGUAAUUUCUGGCAAAGUGCUCACUAUCAACAGUGGCUCUUGGAUAGUCAAGACCUAAUACAAGAGCGUCGGGCAGACUUGGAGGUACUUACUGAGGAGGAGUAUCAUAAAGUUAUGAUUUUCUUUGCCAAUUUUAUUCAACAGCUUGGCGAGACCCUGAAAUUGAGACAGCAAGUUAUCGCCACAGCAACAACUUUCCUUAAGCGGUUCUAUGCAAGAAAUUCUCUCAAGUGCAUUGAUCCUCUUCUUCUAGCCCCCACCAGUGUCUUCCUUUCAUCCAAGGUGGAAGAAUUUGGAGUCAUUUCUAAUAGCAGAUUAAUAUCCACCUGUCAGACUGUAGUGAAGAACAAGUUUUCUUAUGCAUACAACUCGGAGUUCCCUUACCGGACUAACAACAUACUAGAAUGUGAAUUUUACUUACUAGAGAGUAUGGACUGCUGCCUCAUAGUUUACCAGCCCUACAGACCCUUAGUACAAUAUAUGCAAGAUCUUGGUGGGGAGGGCGAAGUGUUGCAGCUGGCAUGGCGGAUUGUCAAUGACUCCUUACGCACUGAUGUUUGCCUACUUUUUCCACCUUAUGAAAUUGCUCUCUCCUGCAUUCACAUGGCAUGUGUGGUUCAUCAAAAAGACUGCAAACAGUGGUUUGCAGAAUUAAACACGGACUUGGAUCGCAUCAUGGAGAUCACCCGCUACAUAUUGAAUCUCUACGAUCUUUGGAAGUCAUACGAUGAGCGGAAAGAAAUCCAAGGAUUGCUGCAGAAGAUGCCUAAACCCAAUACCCAGUCAGUUCCUCGGUGAUUAGAGCCAAAUAUAUAUGAAGUCUGAUGAAGGUGACAGUAGAGCCUGGUCAUUCAAGUGAAGACUUCAUAUCAGAUAAGAGGAGGAUUAAACUUUAAAAGUUUUCCUUUAAAACAAAUUUUUAGUAUCGUAUUAUCUAUUGCUAUUGUUUCUCUGGUCUUCAUUGCAAAUUUAUUCAUUUUGUUUUCUAUUUCUAAUGACUAUUAGUAAAUGCUAGUAGAGUAUUUUUUUAAUUGCAAAUGAGGAAUAUUCAUUGCACUCACCACUACUUUUAACUACAUAUUGGCACUGUACAAUACAUAUUGGGACUGUACGCACAUAGAUCAUGAACAUGAUCUAUGUACGAUUUAGGUUUCCACCUGUCCUCAUCGCACAGCUCCUUUAAUUAUGGGAGAUCCUGUUGGCAAACCUUCUGACUUUAACAUCCUUUGUGCUGUUAUUUCAUUUGCUUACCUUGCACAUUGCUACCAAGGUUGUCUUGUUUAUGUGCACUUCAGCAAUGGAUUUAUUGGUAUAAAAGAGCACGUGUUUUCUGUGGGGGUGCCUUGUCGGCUCUCUGGAGCUAUUGGACUGAUAUUAGCUAAUAUUAGUACGAGGCUUCAGUCAUGUGGCGUUGUCAUGCCUACCUUGGACCACUAACCAGAAUAUUACUAAUAUUAGCUAAUACCAGUCCAAUAGCUCCAUGGAGCUGACAGGGCUAUACCCAGAAAAUAGUAUUUCAUGACAUUCAACGCUGGUUUUUUCCUUUAUGGCUUGAAGCUGUUAGGAAGAAGUUUCAGUAAGUUCUUGUUAUGCAAUUCCUGCUUUUUUGUCCUAUAGUUUGCAUUAGCUUUUCCGUACAUUGAGGUGAUAUCUGCAAAUGUUGAUAAAAUGGAUUCUAUUUCUCUAGGUAGAUCAUAUACAUAUAACAAGAACUGCAUGGAUCUGAAGAAUGACAUCAGUAUACCCUUACCUAGAGGAAUACCCACUCAGAUAAUCCAGCCUGCCUUUUUAUUAUAUAAGUUAUAAGAUAUUUGCCUAUGGGGCACCAUAUCACAGAACCUUGUGGCAAUGUAGACAUAUACAGUUCACUCGCACAAUUAUUUCUAGCUUGAUCUUCAUCUUCCUAUCGUUAAAAUCUCUUGGGUUAGACAGGCUGUGCCUUCUCACUCCAUGUUGGUAGUUCCAUGACAAAGCCCAUGGUUUCCAAGUGGUCUCUUGUUGAAUUUCUUAGUAUCUUCUCCAUUACAUAGUCAAAAACUUUGUGCUCCCUAAAACAUAGGCACUACUUAACUACAAGGUCUAUCUCAUUAUUUUUAACCCUUGUGCAGUGGCUAUGGAAAAAUAAUCAUGCCUGCCUAUGCACACAAAAAUCUAAUUAUAGAAUUAUUAAUUUAUAUGCAAAAUUUAAGAAAAACACAAAAAAUAAGUGAAUAUUUAUGAUUUUAUUGGGUGGAAAUGCUCUGGAAGGUCGCGUGGUGGCUGUCAACACCUCGUGCUCGACUUUGCUGACACUUCCUGUGUUAUUCUUCCAUGUUUCACCACUUGUUUUUCUUUAUUUACAAGUGUGUGUGUGUGUGUUGAAUAACUUGAUAAAUCACAUCAUUUACUAACAUAUGAUAAUGUUUUAAAUAAUGAUUGGUUUACCUGGUAUACUCCAUUACAACCAAUAUAGAGUAGUACUAGAAAAGGAUAUGAACAUAAUACACAAUGGUGUUGGGCUCUGGGUGAUGUCAUAGGGCCUAAUUGGCAUUAUAUGGGAGAGAGAGUAGAUUGAAACAAAGGUGUAAGCCACCAAUGUGCACCCACAGAUGAUAAUCGUCAUAUGAUGAUAACCGCAUUCACUUAGUAAGUAACUAAUGAGAGCAAGAUUUUUCAAGGGUCAAGGUAACCUUCAUUACCUAUUAGACCUAUUAUACCCUUAUAAUAUCAUAGACCUAUAUAUAUCCUUAUUUGCAUCAAAUGUGUAAAACCCAGACAAUAAUAGUUUAAAUCGUCAUGUGACAAUAACCGCAUUACCCUGUGACUGAACAUAUGACAGUGACCAAUACCUAUGUGUUAAACUGUCGGAUGUUCUACUAUCAUCCUACUAAAAAAGGAUUUGUAGGUUUUUGCUAACAGCUUACUCAGCUCCUUCCUUUAGCAGCCUUUUGCAAGAGUUUGUCUGAUCCUAUUGCCUUUUACAUGGCCAGUCCUCUCGACCAUUGCUAUCUGCAUCAAUAGCAUAUGUUACUGCCCGCUUUCCUUUCAGUUUUAGAAACUGUUAUUGCAUAGUUGGGAAUACAUAACAAAAUUGAGCUUUUUCCUUAUUAUUUUAUCGCCUUAUCUUGAGAUGUUAUCUUGAUGAUUUUGGGGCUUUAGUGUCUCCGCAGCCCGGUCCUCGACCAGGCCUCCACCCCCAGGAAGCAGCCCGUGACAGCUGACUAACUCCCAGAUAUCUAUUUACUGCUAGAUAACAGGGGCAUCAGGGUGAAAGAAACUCAGGAUCACGCCUCCAGUGUUCUGUCCGCUCAGCCACCGGCUCCUUACACAGUGUUCUUGUUUGGGAUACAGACCUGUUGCUCAAAGCCUCUAGGCUGUCUUUUUCUUUUAUAUUGGAACAGCAUUUACUAUCUUCCUGACAUCUGGUAUCUCCCAUGUAACCUAUUUUCUCCUCUACCACAUUCCAUAACAUGGCAUUUAUUCACAUUGAAUUCCAUCUCCCAUGUGUUGCUCCAUUCACAUAUUUUGUCAAGGUCAUCUUGAAGAGCAUGAUGGUCAUUUAAGUCUUAUUUUCACUAGUAGCUUAGCAUCAUCGGCAAACACAUUAUCAUCAUUUUGUACACCCCUUUGGUUGAUUGUUUAUACUGUAUAUACAUUGAACACUACUAGUGCUAGUAUUGAACCUUGUGGCACUUGGACUGGAUGGUAGAGCGACGGUCUUGCUUCUUUCAGGUCAGUAUUCAGUCCCCCUGACUGUCCAAAUAGUUGGGCACCAUUACUAUCCUCUGCCCAAGCCUAAACCCUUAUCCUUUCCAAGUGCUGUGCUAUAUAGCACAGCACGUGGAAAGUAAGUAAGCACUAAGCACAAUGGCUUAGUGCUUUCUCCUGAUAAUUACCUUUCCUUACCUCUACUAGUAACAUUUCUCCAAUACAUUGCCUCUAAUUAUCACCCUCAUUUUUCUGUCAGUGUGUGCAUAAUUACCAAGUAUGGCUAUGGAUAAGAGCUAAUCUUGUGAGAUUUCAUCUUCUCUAUAGUCCUUUUCCAUACUGUAUAUAGUUUUCAAAUUUCUAUUUGUGCUUGCACACACAAACCUAUCAUUCAGUUUAUUCCAUCCUUUUGUGUUUGUGAAAGAAUUCCCAAAUGUUUGUCUUGGCCUCUGUUUUUGUCAUUUGAACGUGUGUAAUUUUUCUUUGAUGUUGAGGGUUUAAAUAACUGCUAAUUUAUUACAUUAAUACUCCUUGUGGCUAUUAUUUUCUUCGGUCUCGGAGCUAUUUAUUAGCAUGUUUUGUAUCUUUAUUUUAUUUGUGUUUUUUGAGGUAUGAACACCAUGCUUCAGUUGUAUUUUCUAGCUUAGAUCUCACAAUUAUCAUAAACAAUGUUUUUGAAGGUAAUUCUGAAUUUGUGUAUGAGUGAAGAUUGUGGCUUGUUGCAACAAGUAACCAUGGUAUACCUUGUUGUGGACAGGGAGCCUGUUAUGGUUAUUGACUUCUCCCUAAGCAGGGGGUGAGGCUUUCUGCAUGGUCACCCAUCCAGGUUGAAUGGGUGACCAUGCCUAAGUAUCGCACAACAUAGGAUGCUUAACUGCUCAAAGCACACAUCACUACAGUACCGUGGCAUUGAUUAUGCAGGUUUUACUAGAACACGAUUCCAGUUGGAUCACAUGUGAUGCCAUAAAGGAGAAAGUAGAAGGUAGUGAAAAAGAUACAAGAGAAGUUCACAAGCAAAGUAGAGAAGGAAACACUAAAAAAUAUGAGUGUAUUUAAGUGACUGCAGCAGAUCAUUAAAUACAAGUGUAAAUAGGGUAUUGUACUAGAUAAAGGAGACUAAUGUUAAAAAUGUCAACAUUUGUGUUACUUUUAGUUGAAGCACUACUGUAAAUAAUUAAAGUUUAUAUACUGCAUUACAAGUAUUCCCUAUCAAUGUCUUCCAUGUUUCACCUAUUUUUACACUUCUCAUUUUUCAACAGGGCAUAAGAGAGAGUAAUGCUAGCCUGUUUUUCUGGAAGGAUCCUCUUUGAGGCCCUGUGAGCUUAACUCUUGUACCACCAAGCAAUAACCCAACACCGAGGAUUACACUGUAACCCGCCUCUGAGACCCAUCCACCAGGGCUCGUUGCUUUGAUUGUUUUUGUAUGCUUUAUGAUUGUGUUCUUACCACCCACAAUACAUGUGCCGUAGCAUUCUACUUUGUUCCAACUGUGGCCUGGGUUGCUUCUCCUGGAGUUGGCUUGUAUUUCUCUAUACCUCGCCAUAGAUGGUGGGCUGCCUCCUUUAUGAGUUAACUCUUCUUGAGUUGCCUCAUUUUUGGCCAUUACUUGAGGUUUGUUCUUCCCUGCUGGGUCUGUUGAUGGCAGUCAUUUUUAUAUAUAAAAAUUGAGAGAGAGGGGGAAAGAAAUUGUCUUAUGUUCUAGUGCAUAUUAAAGACCCUACUGCCAUGGUUAUGAGCCUUACACUUUAGCCGAGUGGCAGAUGAGCGGUAAAUGUGCCUCUUGGGAUCCCUGCUCUCUGCAUACCUACAUGUUUGUGUGAUGGUUUGAAGUCAGUCUUUUCAUCCCUCUGUGGGGUAUAGUGUCUGGUGUGUGUGUAUUCGGCUGGGUCAUUUUGGCUUCUCUAUCCUGCUUGGUCAGGAAUGGUGUACAGCUUCCCCUCAGACUGUAGACACUGUGUAAGCCAAACUUUACAAUGUUGAAUUUUGCAGCCUGUCUAAACUGGGUGGUGAGGAUGCUGGCUUCCUGCAGGUCACCUGAGCUGCCAUCUGAUGGCAGUCAGGCACAUCAAAGUCAGGGUGUUUACCCCACAGCAAUGACUUUGUCUUGUUUACCUAGGAGUGAUUAAUUUUCCUCACAGUCGCCUGUUUACUUGUGCCUAUGCACUCUAGUGGGUUUUCCAGUGUGGUUGGUCUCGUAUCCCAUGCUUUUCUCAUCUUGCCUUGUAAAGUGAGCCAAAUUCUGGUCCUGAUUCCUGGUAGGCCAUGAAUGGGUCUCGGAGGCUUGUUGUUUUGGGUCGAGGUUUGCUGGUACCAGCGUUAAGUUUUGGAAGUUACUGGAGGUCCAUCAGGAAAGGGUAUUUCAUUACACUCAUCAAUGAUCUGUAUUAAAAACAGCUGACAGUAUGCUAACACUGUCAGAUGUUAGCAAACAGUUACAGUUAGCAUUAGUUAGAUGUAAGAUGACGUUCAUUGACAUAAUUUUUUUAAUUACAGUAAUGAGAAAAUUCAACAAAUUAGAUCUAAUAAUUUUUAUAAUUUUUUUUGACUAUGUUCUUGUACCCCAGUUUCUUCACUGAACAUAAAUGGAAAUGUCCUUCAGUCAUCCUUUUACAUUUCUCAUCAUUGUAUUAAUUUAUAUACACUUCCACUCUGAUCUUCAUAUAAACUUGAUUUUUUUCUACUUGCCUCAUUUCCUUGUAUCUACUGUUGAAAUGAUAUAACUUUAGUGACUACUUGAAGGUAAAUGUCAGAUCAGUGGUAGAAUGCCGGUUACUUCAUGUAAAUAAUUAAUUUUCUUAGAAAAUAAUGAUUAUUUAUGAUUAAGUUCAGAACUACUGUUGUACAGUUGGAGUUCCUGUAAAUUGAAUGUAAUAAAAUUUGUCAUAAAUAUAAAAGUAUAAAAUUAAAA